AUGUAUCUCCUUCACUGCAGGCGGGACAAAUCCUCCGAUAACCUGUCGAUAUCGCUCGAGUCAUGCACUGGAAGCAUCCCAAAGUACGCGAUCCUCUCCCAUCGAUGGGCCGCAAACCCCCAAGACGAAGUCACGUUUGAAGACAUGACCAUGCGCAUUGAGGCAGCAAGGGAGAAGAGUGGCUUCAAAAAGAUUAUAGGAUGUUGUGCUCAGGCUUUGCGAGACGGUCUUCAUUGGGUGUGGAUCGACACUUGCUGCAUCGACAAGAGAAACAGUGCAGAGCUUUCCGAGGCCAUCAACUCGAUGUAUAGCUGGUAUGAGAAGUCUGAGAUAUGCUACGCAUACUUGGAGGAUGUCUACGGCCUGGCAGAGGACGAAGAGGAAUUCAGAAAAAGCAGCUGGUUCACGAGGGGAUGGACCCUGCAGGAGCUCAUUGCUCCAGCCGAGGUGGAAUUCUUCACUAACAACUGGGUCAAGGUCGGGACCAAGUCAGGUUUGGCCUCUACUCUCGAGAAAAUCACAAGGGUAGCUAAAUCCGCCCUCGUCAAUGGCGUACACGCAUACAAGGCCAGCGUUGCAGAAAAGAUGUCUUGGGGGGCGCAUAGGAAAACAACUAGGGCCGAAGACCAGGCAUACUCGCUGAUGGGGAUUUUCGGAGUCAACAUGCCAACUCUGUAUGGUGAGGGCCAUCGCGCCUUCGCAAGGCUCCAGCACGAAAUCAUGCGGAUAUCCCACGACCACAGUAUUUUCGCCUGG